AUGUACCCGGCCUUACUCAAGCAUCAGCUCACGCGGCCUUCCGCCUUCCAUAUCACCAGGCUGGCCCGGGCUUCGGUCCACGGAAAGGCUCAAUCCGGUAUGAAGGGAGACGAUGAAUUCUUCGUCAACACCACUUUCCCCGACGAUUAUGAAGGGUCGCCCUUGAGGCCCGAAGACAUUCAGAAGAAAGAAGCAAUGAAGGAGCAGACGGCUGCAGAGAAGAUGUCUACCACCGCGGCGCACAAAGCCGACAUUUACGAGAGUAUCUUCCCUCCAAAGCCAAAUAAGGCCCCGAAGAGAAAGGACUCCAACAAGUCUCCGGAGAAUUUCGAGCAAGAGCCCGGUUUGGAUGAAAUGUGA